ACUUUGCUGAUCUGUUCAAUCUCUCAGAGUGUAAGUUGUCCAUUGUUCAUUGUGCCGGCCAUUUUGAUGUUACACUGAUUGAGUCAUUGUGGAGUGAAAUUAUAGAACAAGAGCUCCAGUCUACACUGGGCAAUGAUAGAGACACUAGAAUGCAGAGCAUGAGGGACAGGCUACUGAGACUUGGUAAACUGUAUUCAAGAAAUGACAGCUACUUUCCAACUGCUUAUCUCAUUAAGCUUUUAGAGCAGCAUUCUUGUCAGCUGGGGUGGGACCCUGGUUUCAUACCGGACAUAUUUCAUCAAGUGGGUGUGUCUUACUCCACCCUAUUCACACUCUACAACAACCUCUUUGAAGAAAAGGAUACAUUUUGGGGUUCAGUAGGUCGACCGUUACAUGUUCUAUUAGUUUUAUUGGCUUUACUAUCAGCUUACACUGCUAACAGUUCACUAGUAGCUACCAAACAUUCCUCAGUUGCUAUUGAUAAGUAUUUAGUUGAGCUACAGACACUGGAUCCCUCCACUCCUGAUAUCAAUACACUCACUGCUGGACUGAGGAACCUCAAGAGAGAACUCCAGAGGAACCUUGACACCAUCAAAUGAACACACUCCACCACACACUAUCUAUACACUUGUGUAUACAUUCAUUUUGAAAUGAUAAUUUUUCAAUCUUA